AUGAGUUACACUUACCCAAUUUACCACAUGAGUAAACUUAGAAAAAGAUUAGGAAAAUUCAACGUUUUUGGCAUAAAUUUUCUAUAUACUGAAAAUAUGAAUUAUAAAUACAGGAGGCGCUCACUCAGUAGAGAUAGUUAUAGGCGCUAUUCUAGCGACGACCUAAGCGUUUCUAGAAGCAGGUCAUUAAGGCGUUACAGAAGGAGCGUUUCGAGGAGUAAGCGCAGUUAUUCAAAACCUAGAAGGCGUUUUUCAAGGGAUAGGAGGAGUUAUUCAAGUGGUUCAACAGAUGGUCGUCAUCACCGAGAACGGAGGAGACAUCGUUCGCCUUCUGCUGAAAAAACCAACACAGAACCAGUUUCUGUAAAUGGAAAUGAGGCUGAAACUCCAAAAGUUGCACAAAGGAAGAGAAUUCGCAACAUGUCAUGGAAGCUUCCAAAUGCGAAUGAUUUUCCUGACAAAAACACCAACUUUAAUGCUCAAAGAAGGACUAGAUCUAAUAAAUUUAACUUUAAUAACAGAUUUGACCACAGUUUAAGCAAAACUAGCUUAGAAAAUUUUAGAUACGAGUCAGACGAAUUUAAGGUUCAAAAGGAAAAGAUGCACCAAGCUUUAAAGGAAAAAGAAGAUAGUAGUAGGGAAGCCAAAAAAUUACUUUCAGAUUACACCAAAGAACUUAAUACUCUGGUUGGAAAUUUAUCGAAGUUACCGAAGGAUUCUGAGGAAUACAAGGAGUCUAGUGAGAAAAUUCAAUCGCUUAAAAAGGCUAUGAAGGACUUGAUAUCUCAGGAAAGGCAGGUGACAAAGAGCAAGCCGAUGAAACCUGCAUUUGAUAAGAAUAUUAGUUUAGAUAACAGGGAAACAAAGAUAUUUUUUCCAAACCUUCCAGAUUGCGCUAAAGGUAAGGGUAACUUGGCUAAAUGGAUCUCCGAGAAUUCCAAAUUUUUACUACCCCAAAAAAUCGCAAUGUUGGCAUCUCAUGGAACUACUUAUGAAGCAGCAGUAAUCGAAUAUAAAACACACGAUGUUGCACAAAGGGUGCUUAAUUCAUGUAAAUUACACGGAAUAACAGUUACCUGGAUGCACGCAUCUGAAAUAUCGUCUGAAACCACCGAGAACAAUAAGGGAAGUGAAAGCGCCACAGAGGUAAUUCAACCAGAUUCUCUUCAAAUUAUUUAA